AUGGCCGGCUCUGCGUUGCUGGGCGAACCGCCCGCGACACACAACGAUGUGCUGAUUUAUAAGGCGCUGUUGAUGCUGAAUGGAACGAGUUACUUCCCGGUGCCAUCAGAGUCGCUCGUCACAGACCGCCCGCCCGACGACUCUAAUAGCGCGCCGCUGGUGGCUGCAACUGUCGUGCUGAUGACGCUCGUAAUUCUCCUUACUGCGGCGCGGGUUUGGGCCCAGCAGUACCGGAAGAAGCGUCACUUUACGUUUUGGGUGUCGAAUGUCUUCCUGUUCUUCUCCGCAAUGGCAACGUUGGCUUACGACUCAAUCGUGCUUCACCUGUACACCCAAGGAUGCAGCGGGCGGCAUAUCAAUUACUGCACCUACGAGGAUAUCGAACAGAUGAGCGAAUUGCUCAUCGUGCCGCAAUGCAUCUUCUACUUUGCCGUGUACUGCGCAAAACUUUCCAUCAUUUCUUUUCUACGUGGCGCCGUCGAACAUACGGUGGAGUGGUGGAAUCUGGCGAAUGCAAUUUUCUUCGGCCUUGUCGUAUUUAUCGGGCUCUGGUCACUGCUGAGCACCAUCUGCACCUGCGUGCCCGUGGCAGCGCACUUCUCGCUGAUCGUCCUGGCCACCACGGAUCCCAAUUCGUACCACUGUUUACCGGAAUUGAGGCUUCAGGUCGCCAACCGUACCUUGCAUAUCGCCACCGAUUUAUGUCUGUUCAUGUUUCCGCUUUUCCUGGUUUGGAGGGUGCAGAUUUCGUGGCAGCGGAAGAUAUUGUUCAUCGUGCCAUUUACGCUAGGCCUGCUAACUGUCGCGUCGAGUAUUGGCCGCAACGUUGAGAUGCCGGAGGCAUUGACAGAUGUGUCCUGGAACAUUAGCAGAGUCUCCGUAUGGGACUUUCUCGACAUUCACUUCUCGGCCAUGCUCAUGUCCAUGCCCUUCAUUAUGCCGUUAAUUGACAGGACGGUGCGAUGGUAUCGUGAACGCGGGCCAGACUUGGCCUGGCGGUGUGAGCACCAGCUAUGCUGA